GCGGGCGGGCGGGCCGGCGGCCGGGGUCCUCCGGGGAUUAGCGCAGGGUGGGCUCGCCCCUUGCGCCGCCAUUUCCCUGCGUCUGCCGAGACCCGUCCUCCUCUCGGGCCGGCUGGGCGUCUCUCCGCGAGGGUCGUGCGCGCCUGUCGCCGUGGUCCGGGUGGCUCCACGGUCUUUACCCCCCAGUAAAGAGGGCUUCACUCAGUAUCACCGUUCAUCUUACUCAAGUUGUCCGGCCUCUUCUUCCUGGCUGUCAUCGUCACUGCUGGUUUUGUAGUGGCAGAAAUGCUGAGCUUCCUGAGAAGAACGCUUGGCCGCCGGUCCAUGCGUAAACAUGCUGAGAAGGAACGACUCCGAGAGGCACAGCGCGCCGCCACACACAUUCCUGCGGCGGGAGACGCCAAGUCCAUCAUCACGUGCAGGGUGUCACUUCUGGACGGUACAGAUGUUAGUGUGGACUUGCCGAAAAAAGCCAAAGGACAAGAGCUGUUUGAUCAAAUUAUGUAUCACCUGGACUUGAUUGAAAGUGACUAUUUUGGUCUGCGAUUCAUGGAUUCAGCCCAAGUAGCUCAUUGGUUGGACAGUACCAAAAGCAUCAAAAAGCAAGUAAAAAUUGGCUCGCCCUAUUGUCUCCAUCUUCGAGUGAAGUUCUAUUCCUCCGAACCAAACAAUCUUCGGGAGGAGCUGACCCGGUAUUUAUUUGUUCUGCAGUUAAAACAAGAUAUUCUCAGUGGGAAAUUAGAGUGUCCUUUUGAGACAGCAGUUCAGUUGGCAGCUUAUAAUCUGCAAGCUGAACUUGGCGACUAUGAUCUUGCUGAACACAGUCCUGAACUUGUCUCUGAGUUCAGGUUUGUGCCCAUUCAGACUGAAGAGAUGGAACUGGCUAUUUUUGAGAAAUGGAAGGAAUACAGAGGUCAGACACCAGCACAAGCUGAAACCAAUUAUCUGAAUAAAGCCAAAUGGCUAGAAAUGUAUGGAGUUGAUAUGCAUGUGGUCAAGGCUAGAGAUGGGAAUGACUAUAGCUUGGGACUAACUCCAACAGGAGUCCUUGUUUUUGAAGGAGAAACCAAAAUCGGCUUGUUUUUCUGGCCCAAGAUAACCAGAUUGGAUUUUAAGAAGAAUAAGCUAACUCUAGUGGUUGUGGAAGAUGAUGAUCAGGGUAAAGAACAAGAGCAUACCUUUGUCUUUAGACUAGAUCAUCCAAAGGCCUGCAAACACUUAUGGAAAUGCGCGGUGGAGCACCAUGCCUUCUUCCGUCUCCGAGGACCUGUCCAAAAGAGUGCUCAUCGAUCAGGAUUCAUUCGCCUAGGAUCGCGAUUUAGAUAUAGUGGAAAAACAGAAUAUCAGACCACAAAAACUAAUAAAGCAAGAAGAUCAACCUCCUUUGAGAGAAGGCCCAGUAAGCGAUACUCCCGGCGGACCCUCCAAACGAAAGCAGGCCCAACAAAACCUGAAGAUCUUGGUGUUCAUAAUGCUUCAGCCCAGAAUAGUGACUCCCCACAGGCUUGGAGUAUGAGGUCUCCCGUGCCUGUGACUCCUUCCUCAUCUUCUGGUUCGGUGCUGGUGGAGAUAGAGAAUCUUCCACAGAAUUCUGCAGUAAACCAACACGACAGAAAAUGCUUGCCCCUGAAUGUUGAUUUGCUAAAUAGCCCAGACUUACUAGAAACAACCAUUGGUGAUAUAACAAGGACAUCAGAUACUUGGGAAACAUCCACAGCACCAGAUGACAUUAAUGUGGCCACCAGGUCAAAUGAAUUAGAGGAGCCCAAAGUUGAAUGUGAGAUGUUAAAAGAUGACACAGAGAAGCUCAAACAGCUGGAAAUGGAGCAGAAUAUCUUGCCAUCUCCACGACCUCCCGUUGACAUUAAUGUCAACAGCCAGGAAGAAGUGAUAAAGUUGACUGAGAAAUGUCUUAAUAAUGCCAUUGAGAGCCCAGGAUUGAACACAGUGAGGGUUCCUCCUGACUUCAAGAGCAAUAUUUUGAAGGCUCAAGUAGAGGCAGUGCACAAGGCUGCAAGAGAAGAUAGUUUAACUCAUAAAAAUGUCAGCGUUGAAGAUGCUGCGACAAACAGGUACAAUCCUGGGGAAAGUGAAUUCAGUGCUCUAUUGAAUGAAAAUACUGUGCCCCUGUGCAAAGACUCCCCUGCUCUGAUGCACACCCCAGCUGCAGACAGUGGAUCUGUGCUAAAGGAUGCUACAGAUGAAUUGGAUGCCUUACUUCUUUCUCUAACUGAGAAUUUGAUGGACCACACAGUCACACCCCAGGUGUCUUCAUCAUCCAUGAUCACACCCCGGUGGAUUAUUCCACAGAGUGCUGCCAUCUCCAACAGGUUCACAGGGUGUGGAACUUCUGUGGCGGGGACAGAAGGGUGUGGUGCGAAGGAUGGAUUCUCACUGAUUUCCCCCCCAGCACCGUUCUUGGUAGAUGCUGUGACCAGCUCUGCUCCUCUGGCUGAAGAUUCAGCCUUGAAGCACAAGUGCUUGCUGACUACUGAGCUCUGAGGGCUGCUGCUCUCCACUCUAUCCGAAUGCCCCACACUAUCCCGUUAGCCCUGGAUCCAGCUGAGCAAGUCCUUUACUUGGGGAAAACCUUCUACCUGGAUUUGACUUCAGCUCCGUGAAGAAAGUAGCUACGUUCUCCGUCCAACUGGAAGUCUGCCCACAUCACUGAAGAUACCUCCUCUUCUCCGCAACUGUGUUUGCAUUGCCAAUUCCCCAGUCAACAGAAUUCACUGGUUUCCUUCAGACUCUUGGCUCCACCUAGCGGUUGCAGCUGUUAUAACAACUUAUGGCAAGGCUUGCUGUCGGGAGCAAGUUCAUUGCUGUGUCCUGUAAUGUCAGGGUGGGCACACCUGACCUCGGUGCCUGCUGGAGAAGUGAAUGGCAUCUUCCUGCGGAUUACCUGGAAGUCAGGAUUUAGGAAACAGAUGAAAACACUGUGAGGUAGAUCUCAGGCCAGCUCUUGCAUAGUUACUAGGACUCUUGGAGAAGCAGAGAACAUAGAGGGAGAUGUAUGUCACCCACACUUUGAAUCCUGAGCAGUAAUGAUCUUACUGCUCCGAGUUUACUUCAGAGAGAAAUGUUAGGAACUACAGAGAGAUCAUCUCCAGGCAUGUGCUCUCCAGACCCCCUUUCCUGUAGGAAGCAGCCAUAUCCUUCACCUGUAUGUAGCUGCAGUGUGGGAGGGAGCAGGUGUCUGGUCAGAGACCUAAGGCCCGUGCCUUCCUCCCUGAGCCAGUUGUGAAGGUCAGUUCAGCAGUGCUCCACACCGGGACUAUUUGGACACAGCCUCCAGUUCCUUUCAGUAUACCCUGAGUUUGUUGACGGCUUUCAAGCUGAAAAGAAAAACCCUGGGCAGAAGUGGGGGAUGGUGGUGAGAGACUGGGCUCUUGACUCAAUCCCCCAGCAAGCUCUGCACAGUGGACUGGAUGAAGUCAGCUGACAUUAGGGUUUUGUAUUGGUUUUUAAAGAUUUGUAGAAUUCCCCAAUCUUUGUAGGAGAAGAAGUCCUGAUGUUACAGUAGCGCAUGCUCGUCGUGGAAAGUGUGUGGAUGUGGCCCUGUGUCCCCAGCACAGAGAAAUGACUCUGAAGGAGCGGUGACUGUGGGCUGAUAUGCCGACAGUGCUAAAGCCCUUGGUUGCCAUGGUGAUGGGGCUGCUAUGCAGACAGUGGUAAAGCCCUUGGUUGCCUUGUUACCAGGCACUGCUGUUAAGCUGGGUGUGUGGUGGAGCACUUUCUCCUCAGCUAAGAGGACGCUAGUGAGGUGAGGAUCAGCAGAAACACUGCCAUGAAAGGCAUGAGCUGCCUGCUCUGUAGUCAUUAAAAUGCCCCGAUAGGGACGAGUAUGUGCUCAGGCAAAUGCUAGUACCUGUCUGGGAAGCUUGGGGGUCCAGUCUUCCAGUUUCCAGGGGAGCUUCACAGAUUAGAAACCACUUUUGCCAAAGGAGACAGAAUUGCCCAGUAGGCAGCUCAUGCAUUUCAUUGGCAGUAUUUUUGCGAGUCCUCAGUGAUAAACUAUUUCUCACAGUUUGACACCUAGAACCCGGGGCUUGGUCCAGUACAUACUGGACUAGGUCUCAGAUUUCCAGGGUCUGGAAGUCCUGGACAGCCUACUCAGUUAGCUGUGCUGCAGCUAGAGCAUGGUGGCUUAGAAGUCCUAAAUGUCCCAUCCUGUGUCCCUUCGAGAUUGAGUAGUUGAAAGUACCCCAUAACAUUUGUGUCUCCAGAUACCUGAAUUCCUGCAGUCAGAAUAUUGCUAGGGACUAGGUCAGGAUUCACUUGAAUCUUCACUAAAAAGAAACCCUAUGUCCUGGUGUCAAAGAGUAAGUUUAGAACUGAUAUUUGAGUGAUGCAUUUGCCCUGACAGGCUAGACACUUGUCUGAUAUGUGUCCUGUGCUGUACAGGACAUGUGUUCUGCUCCUCUGAAAAUGGCAUCGGUCUAGCAGGGCACCUAAGGAGGUGGUAGGGUGGGGCAGUGUGGGAAGCAGUGGAGAUUGUGGACAGUGAGGUGGAGGCAAGAACUGAGUUAGGAAGGGCAGCUGCCCUGCUGCGUGCCCAGGGAGCAUCUAGACAAAGUUAGCAUUGUGUCCCUGGCUGGGGUGGGGACUUGGCAUGGCAGUUUCUAGUAAGAUGUGAAGGUUGCAGUUAGCAGGCCUGGACUCCACCUCAGCACUGGGAAAGGAGUCUGUACAUGGAAUGAUCUGGAGAUUGGCAGAACUCCUGGUUGUCUUUCCUGAUCCUCAGCAGCCUACGGAACAGAGCUACGAGCAGACUCCUUAGCCUCUACAUGGCUCUGGGAAAUGUUGUAGUGGAAAACAUUCCCUACAACUCCUGCUGACUGUCGGUAGGCGCGUCCAGGCUCGGGUGCCCUGGGUGUGGCUGGGGAUGAGAAUCCUGAGCUGUUUCUAGGAUCUGCUGCUUAUUCUCCUUCCCAUUGCUGGCUAAAACGUGGACCUCUGCUCUCUAACUGAGCCCAGGUAGUCCUGGGCUAGCUUGUCUGCUGGUCACUCAGCUGAUGAAAAGUUGGAGGUUUCUUUCUUUCUGUUGUUGUUGUUUCUGAGACAGAGUUUCUGGUGUA